AUAAUCUUGUUUGGACCCCCCCUAAAAACAAACAAAAAAAACUGUUACAUGAACAUUUUGUUUUGCCAUCAACGGGGGUGCCAGAGGCAGGCGGGAGGAGCAGGGCAGCCCCCCCGUCGCUCCCGAACCGCGGGCUCGCACGCGCCCUCUGCCGGAGCUGCGCGCGCAGCCGCUCGCUGCCGGACUCCAUCCAGACGUCAUUCAGGAAUCAGGACGCAUUCCUCCUCCAAGAGUGGAGGCGAAAGCAACCGAGCGCGCGCCGGAGCGCACAGAGAGCCGCGUGCGCUGAAAGUGCAGCUGCAGUCCGUUCAGAAGAGUUUCAGGUGACCCCCCAACCCCAGCUGGAGGGCUGCCGCCGCUGACAUGAAGAAAGUUCUCUCCCGCGUCUGCGUCGCCGUCACGCUGCUGCUGUGCGCCCGGGGGCAAGUUUUGAUAGGCGACUGUAACUUUGAAAAGCCGCUGGAAGCGUGUGGAUACAGCCAAGGCAGAGAUGAUGACCUUGACUGGGAGCAAGCUAAUACCAGAGAGAGGCCUUCAUCAGAUCCAUGGAUGCCCUCAGAGCCGGCCUUCGUCAUGGUGAACACGUCGGGACGCUUCGCAGGACAGAGAGCCCUGCUGCUGUCACCUCAGCUGAGAGAGAAUGACACUCACUGCGUUACCUUCCACUACUACAUAGGAGGACGAGACGGCAGCCGUCCCGGACACCUAAACGUCUACAUCAAAGAAAAUAACAGCCCCAUCGGGAUGCCUGUCUGGAAUGCAUCAGGCCCAGCCUCUCGCUCCUGGGAACAAGUGGAGCUGGCCGUCAGCACCUACUGGCCCAACUUCUACCAGAUUGUAUUUGAAGUCGUACCUUCAGGGCAGCGUGGCUUGCUGGCCAUCAAAGACAUUGUGGUCCAGGGCCACCAGUGCAUGAACACUCCUCACUUCCUGACCAUAAAGGGAGUGGAGGUCAAUGCUGGACAGACUGCAUCUUUUCACUGCACUGUGAAUGGACGGAAGAGGGACAACUUCCACCUGUGGCUUCAGGGCAUCAGCGGACGGGAGGCUCCCAUGAAAGCCACCAAACCCUGGAACAACCGCCGCUUCAUUGGCACCUUCGAUGUGGAAAACACCACCAAGGGCGACUCUGGCCGUUACCGCUGCAUUGUACACUCAGACAAAGGAGUUGGAGUGUCCAAUUACGGGGAACUGACCAUAAAGCAGCCCCCAGUUCCCAUUGCACCCCCACAGCUGACUUCCAUUGGAGCCACCUAUCUUUGGAUCCAGUUGAAUGCCAAUUCCAUCAAUGGGGAUGGCCCAAUAAUUGACAGGGAGGUGGAGUACCGAACUGUCUCAGGGACCAUGUAUGACCUGCAGCCCGUAGACAAGACCACCCACAAGAUUGGCCACCUGGAUCCUGACACUGAAUAUGAAAUCAGUGUUCUGCUGACCAGACCUUUGGAGGGAGGCACCGGAGCUCCUGGACCGCCCCUGAGAGCCAGGACUAAGUGUGCAGAGCCUAUGCAUGGCCCACAACGCUUGGAAGUGGUGGACAUCCAGUCCAAGCAAGUGACAAUACGGUGGGAACCUCUGGGCUACAACGUGACCCGCUGCUACAGCUACAACCUAACUGUCCAGUAUCGCUCCAAAAUGCUCUUCAAAGAGGAGACCCGAGAGGAGGUGUGCUACCUCAGCCAAAGCCACGACCCUCAGCACACGAUUCACAACCUGACGCCCUUCACAAACAUCAGUGUUAAGCUGGUGCUGCGCAACCCAGAGGGUGUGAAGGAGAGCAGAGAGCUGGAGAUACAGACCGAUGAAGAUGUGCCAGGAGUGGUUCCUCUGGAAUCUAUUCAGGGCAGUGCCUAUGAGGAGAAGAUCAUCCUGAAGUGGAGAGAGCCUGAGCAGACCUACGGGAUCAUCACUCAGUAUGAGUUCUCUUACAAGGCAGUGAGCUCCUUUGACCCUGAACUGGACCUCUCCAACCAGAGUGGGAAAGUAGUAAAGAUGAGCAACGAAACCACCCACGUGUUCACAGGCCUCUACCCAGGCUCCACGUACUCCUUCACCCUGCGUGCCAGCACAGCCAAGGGCUACGGCCCUCCUGUCAUCACCCAGUUCACCACCAAGAUUUCAGCGCCGUCCAUGCCAGCAUAUGACCAGGAAACGUCUCUGAACCAGACAGACAGCACCGUCACAGUCCUCCUGAAACCAGCUCAGAGCAGAGGAGCCCCCGUCAGCGUGUACCAGGUGGUGGUGGAGGAGGAACGUCCACGCAGAGCGAGAGGGACCGCCCAGAUUCUGCGCUGCUACCCAGUUCCCAUUCACUUCCAGAAUGCCACACUUCUGAACUCACAGUACUACUUCACUGCUCAGUUCCCGGCCGCCGGCAUGCUGUCGCCACAGCCGUUCACCGUGGGUGACAACAAGACCUACAACGGCUACUGGAAUGUGCCUCUGCUGCCGCAGAAGAGCUACAGCGUCUAUUUCCAGGCUGUCAGCACAGCUAACGGGGAAACUAAAAUCGAAUGUGUUCGGGUCGCCACCAAAGCUGCCAUCCUCGUGACUCAGCUGACGACCCCCUACAUCCGAAUCAUUCCUGCAGCUGGUGACACCCAACUAACAGGUGCAGCAACCCCCAAGCCAGAUUCAGUGGAGCCUGAGAAACAAACAGACCACACGGUGAAGAUCGCAGGGGUCAUUGCUGGGAUCCUCCUCUUCAUCAUCAUCUUCCUGGGAGUGGUUCUGCUCAUGAAGAAAAGAAGAACCUAUCACUCCUACACUUACUACCUGAAAUUGGCAAAGAAGCGUAAAGAGACCCUGAACAGCACUCGCCAGGAGAUGACUGUGAUGGUCAACUCAAUGGACAAGAGCUACACAGAGCAGGGUACCAACUGUGAUGAGGUGUUGUCCUUCAUGGACACACACAACCACACACUGAACACCCGGAGUGAGUGUGCGCUCACGCUUAAUGGCAGAGGUAAGACCCUUUGGUACUUGCACUUUUAGACUGUUUUAGACAGCAUAACCAGAGUCGAAAUGAUUUAUUUUUAAUUUAAUGAAGUAUAAUUCUUUUGAAUUCUUUUAAAAUACAUGCAUUUAUUUCAUAGUUUGGUUUGGUUUAUUGUUCAUGCCUUUUUUUUUUUCUUUUACAAGAAAACAUACAUUAAACAUACUUGGGCUUGAACAACUGGAACAGAGUGAAGAAAACAAAUUCUUAUAUAAUCUGUUCCUUUUUUCUAAACAAAACAGAAACAA